AUGGAGAACGAAGUCAUGGAAAAAUCGAGCGCAUCAACCGGAUCGACGAUUUGCAGCGUUCCAAGUCCGUAUUUUUUAGAUUCCGCUCUAGCAUCCGACAGCGACAUAAAUAACGAUCAUCACAGCUCGGAAGAAGAGCUCGAAGUUAUAAAUAGGAGUCCGAAAGGUCCGGUCCGAAGCAGGAACGCGAGCCGAUGCGGCGGAAACGUGUCGGUCAACCUUCGGAGUGCGAGUGUGAAUGCUUUGCCGGAAAAGAGAAAGUGGUCGGAAAUAAACUUGACGGGUCUUGGAAGUGUCGGAAAACUCAAUAGGUUGUGUCUGACUCCGGGUAACAGAGUGGAACAAAGCUCCGGAUCUUCGGACGAUGAAGUACAAGGUUUUUUAGCCGCCACAAUGGGAACCCCCGUUAAAUUCCGUACUUCACCUCCGUCGGACGUUGUCAAACCCGGGAAAUCCCAAUCGCCGCCCCCCAAAUUAUUCCACUACGAAGUUUCGUCCAGGAAAAAGCACAGGCACAUGCAUAGUAAACCGCAUCAUUUGCAAAGACCCUGUUUAGAUUUUGAAAAAAUGCAACAGGGCAACAAGACGACGAUUGAAAUAAAUCCGGUUAUCGGCAGCCAUUUUUUUAUCCGUUGCGUCAUAGAAUCGAUAAAACGUUUGUGA